AUGUGUGAUGCGGAUCUUUGUCAGAAGAUUUGGGGAUUGAGAGCUGUGGUAUUCCAUUCGAAUUCUGCUUUUGAUCUUUUCAAUAAGUUUCAGACCCAUUUCUUCAUUGCCGCCGGAUGUCGUGCUGCACUUGCUUUUCUUUAUCUUCUAGCUAUUUUUGAUUAUGUUGGUCUACCAGAAGAGGAAGCAGAGAAGAUUCGUGAAACAUUCUGGAAUAAAUUCAUGAAUAACUUUUUGAUACAUUUCAUUUAUUCGGCGUUCAUCCUCGCGUGGCUUCUUUGUCCAAGUCGUUGUUGGUACGGGUUUCUGUCGGUUCUUCAGUUAUUUUACGCUGUCUUCGCUGUUUUUGAAACGUCCAUAGAGCUGAAAGAUUAUAUAGCUGCUCAACACGGAGGCGAAAAUUAUGAACAUUUUAAGAUUGGAAUGUUUGGAUACUUCGCCCAUAACUAUUUAUCCGUCGUCGUCGCUUUCUAUGUUGGUUUCAUCCUGGUUAGAUUGAGUUGUCUCUCCCCACCAAAACAACCAGACUUGUAUGUGGUUCAUGUGAUUCAUGACAAGACAAAAGAUAGUUCUUCUUCGAGUAGUUCGGAGAAGAAGAGUGAGGAUAGUGAAAGUCAGAAGAGUCCAUGA